CCCACCAUGAGCGGCCCGAGGCUGGCCCUCGCCGCCGCGCUCCUCUGCAGCUGCACCUCGCCCGUGGCCGACGCCAACUCCUGGUGGUCUUUGGCCAUGAACCCCAUCCAGAGGCCGGAGAUGUACAUCAUCGGCGCCCAGCCGGUGUGCAGCCAGCUGCCGGGGCUGUCCCCCGGGCAGCGCAAGCUCUGCCAGCUCUACCAGGAGCACAUGGUGUUCAUCGGGGAAGGGGCCCGCAGCGCCAUCAAGGAGUGCCAGUACCAGUUUCGGCAGCGGCGGUGGAACUGCAGCACGGUGGACAACACUUCUGUCUUUGGAAGGGUCAUGAAAAUAGGCAGCCGGGAGACGGCGUUCACGUACGCGGUGAGCGCGGCGGGGGUGGUGAACGCCAUCAGCCGCGCGUGUCGCGAGGGAGAACUGUCCAGCUGUGGCUGCAGCCGCACCGCCCGGCCCAAGGACCUGCCCCGGGACUGGCUGUGGGGAGGCUGCGGGGACAACGUGGAGUACGGAUACCGCUUCGCCAAGGAGUUUGUGGAUGCCAAGGAGAGGGAGAAGAACUACGUCCGAGGAUCGGAGGAGCAGGCGCGCAUGCUGAUGAACCUGCAGAACAACGAGGCUGGCCGCAGGGCCGUGUACAAGCUGGCAGACGUGGCCUGCAAGUGCCACGGCGUGUCGGGCUCGUGCAGCCUCAAGACCUGCUGGCUGCAGCUGGCCGACUUCCGCAAGGUGGGCGACCUGCUGAAGGAGAAGUACGACAGCGCCGCGGCCAUGAGGAUCAGCCGCAAGGGCAAGCUGGAGCUGGUCAACAACCGCUUCAACAUGCCCACCCAGGAGGACCUGGUCUACGUGGACCCCAGCCCGGACUAUUGCCUCCGCAACGAGACCACGGGCUCGCUGGGCACGCAGGGCCGGCUGUGCAACAAGACCUCGGAGGGCAUGGAUGGCUGCGAGCUGAUGUGCUGCGGACGGGGCUACGACCAGUUCAAGAGCGUGCAGGUGGAGCGCUGCCACUGCAAGUUCCACUGGUGCUGUUAUGUCAAGUGUAAAAAGUGCACAGAGAUCGUCGACCAGUACGUCUGUAAAUGAAAGGAGCCGCCAAAGCAACAAAUCUAUAUUAUAUAAAUCUAUAUAAAUAUAUUUUAUAUUUGUAUAAAUAAACAGAUGGUGAUAAUAAUUAAAAGAAGCUUAUUUAAGAGACAUUUUGGUUUUGAAAUU